UUGCAUUCUAUUAUUUUUAUAUAUUUCAUAUUUCAUUGAAGAUCAUCACUCACUCCCUUUGAGUCAUUCACUCACUCAUCUCUCUUCUCUGUUUCAUUCAUUGCUUCUUUGUUGUCAACUAUGAACGCUCUUGCAGCUACCAACCGCAACUUUCAACGUGCAGCUCGCAUUCUCGGUUUGGAUUCCAAGCUUGAGAAGAGUCUCCUCAUACCCUUCAGAGAAAUCAAAGUUGAAUGCACGAUCCCCAAGGAUGAUGGAACUCUGGUUUCCUAUGUGGGAUUCAGGAUCCAACAUGAUAAUGCCCGUGGUCCUAUGAAGGGAGGGAUUCGUUAUCAUCCUGAGGUUGACCCUGAUGAAGUGAAUGCUCUAGCUCAGCUGAUGACAUGGAAGACUGCUGUAGCAGACAUUCCUUAUGGAGGAGCAAAGGGUGGGAUCGGCUGCAACCCAAGGGAUCUGAGUAUCAGUGAGUUAGAACGUCUAACUCGGGUUUUCACCCAAAAGAUUCAUGAUCUCAUUGGCGUUCAGAGGGAUGUUCCUGCCCCUGAUAUGGGAACUAAUGCUCAGACCAUGGCAUGGAUUCUUGAUGAAUAUUCAAAGUUUCAUGGGCAUUCACCUGCAGUUGUGACAGGGAAGCCUAUUGAUCUUGGAGGUUCGUUGGGGAGGGAGGCUGCAACAGGUCUCGGAGUGGUUUUUGCAACUGAGGCUUUAUUUGCUGAAUAUGGGAAGUCAAUUUCGGAUCACACAUUUGUCAUCCAGGGCUUUGGAAAUGUGGGCACGUGGGCUGCUAAGUCUAUUUUUGAGAGGGGGGGAAAGGUGAUUGCUGUGAGUGACAUCAGUGGUGCUAUCAAAAACCUAAAUGGAAUCGACAUCCUUGCCCUUCUGAAACACAAGGAUGGCAAUGGUGGAGUCUUGAAGGACUUCCCAGGUGCAGAAGCCAUGGAUCCAGAUGAAUUGCUUGUUCAUGAAUGCGAUGUUCUUGUCCCUUGUGCCUUGGGUGGAGUUCUAAACAAGGAAAAUGCUGCUGAUGUGAAGGCAAAAUUUAUAAUAGAAGCAGCAAAUCACCCCACUGACCCUGAUGCGGAUGGGAUCUUGUCUAAGAAAGGAGUCAUUAUAUUACCUGAUAUUUAUGCCAAUGCUGGCGGAGUGACUGUGAGCUACUUUGAAUGGGUUCAGAAUAUUCAAGGUUUCAUGUGGGAUGAAGAGAAAGUGAACCGUGAGCUGAAGAAGUACAUGACCAAAGCUUUCCAGGAUAUCAAGGCAAUGUGUAAAAUUCACAACUGUGACCUGCGAAUGGGGGCAUUCACUCUAGGAGUGAACCGUGUUGCCCGUGCUACCCUUUUGAGGGGUUGGGAAGCAUAGGUUUACUACAUGAGAAGUAGGAUUUUACAAGGUUGUGUUUUUCUUUCUUUAUUGUCUUAGUGUUAGUCAAACAAUAACAAUAUUAGUCAUGUGAGACUUGCCAAUAAAACAUUAUUCUUGCCAUUGGGUCCUGCGAAUGGAAGUUACUACCAUAUUUGUUAAAAAUAUUUGAUGCAUCGCGGUUCCUGAUUAGUUGAAA